AUGACAGGAACGCAAGAACGGAAGGAGGGUACAAGUGAUGGGUUGAUGAAAAUGACAAACAAUCCGAGAAUGUACAAUCUCCAGACCGAGCAAAAGGCCCAUCAAAACUGGGGCGUUGUCGCGCGGAUGAAGAUUCGUGCACUGUUAUUGCCCGAACAUUAUGAUGUCAGCUUCUCCAUUAGCAUUGCCCAUAAGCCUUGCAAGCUUCCGCGACCCGCCGCGCCCACGGCGACCACUGCUGAGUUGAAGAGAGUGCAUGAGGUUACUGGUGUAGCUGCUGUCGAUACGAUCGUAGCUGCCGUAGCUGGUGUCCAUUGGUCGCGCCGGAUUGCUGACAAAGAGCCAGCCAACGGACGCCGGCGCCGGCGGCCGAACGCCCAAGUUUCCACAUUCAACCCCUCCAUACUCGCCCGGAUGGAAAUUAGGAUCACUGCGCAAUCCAUCCCUCUUUCUUGGUCAAAACCCACGAUGACUGUGUGGUCAGCCUGGCAUUUGACACUCGCAAAUGUCUCAGAUUGUCCUCACACACUCUGGAAGCAGAUCCAGCAACCGCUCUACACAACCAUUGCAAGGCCGCUUGCCUGA